UAAGCUAGAAAACUAGAGAAACUCUUUUGCCGCAAACCAACUCCGCAUAAAAACAACACAAAUAGCUCCAACACACUGCAUUUUCCAUAAUCCUCCUUGUUCUCUUCUCACAAAUUCGCAGCAAAUUUUUCUUUUUCUCGCGAAGAAUGUCAGAGAAUAUAUCCCAGUGCUUCGCUUCCGUCAAAAUCUUGCCCUCCAUUUGUCAUCUCUCAUCGUUUUAUUCCCAUAUAAUAUGCAGAUUUCAAUGCUAAAAACCUCACUAAAACCAGUUGCUUCGCACACACUCCUGUCUCUAAGUCGGUUGAGAUCAAACCACAUUGAGCUUAAAAAUUGACUAAAAAAGCAUUCUUUUACAAAACCAAGAAAACGGGGUGUUAUCUGCUUGUCUGUUUUCGCAGUCUUAGAAUAUGGUCUAUUUAUAUUCCUCUUUCCAUAUUUCCACCAUUUUUUGCUCCUCCCUCAAAUCUCAAUCCCUUUUUUGUGUCUUCGUUGGUUUUGUUUGAGGUAGAUUCCAAAAGGGUGUCUUGAUUUGAGGGUUUAUUUGUGUGUGUGUGUGUGUUUGUUUUCAUUUGUAUUGAGCUAUGGAAGAUUGCUUUCUUGAUCUUGAAGUGGAUGUCAAUGGCGAAGAGGUUUUUGUGGUGAAUAAGAGAGUUAUAUCUUCUUAUUCAGGAAAGAUUAGUAAACUGGUUGGAAAAUCAGAAGGCGUGGCACGUCGUCUGAAGGUGAUCUUCGAUGACUUCCCGGGAGGGGCAGCGAGUUUCGAGCUCAUCACAAGAUUCUGCUACAACAAGGGGGGAGUGAUCAUAACCCCUCUGAACAUUUUCAAUCUCAGUUGUGCUGCAAAUUUCAUGGAAAUGGACGAUCUACGCGACCUAACGGAGAAAUCCUUGCAAGAGAUUAGCUACUGGAGCUGGCACGAGCUUCUAGCAGCGUUGAAGCAGUGCCAGGAGCUGCUCCCUCGAGCCGGCUCACUGGCAUUGCUCGACAAGUGCUUGGACUCGUUGAUUGGAAGGGUUGCAUCAUCUUGUGAGACGAGUCCAUCCCCGUCUGUCUCGUCUUCGGACAGCUCUGGCUUUAGGCUGUCGUGUGACACGAGGAGCACGGAGAGCUUGAAGAGCAGCGCGUUCAGAGCCACAUGGUGGUUUGAAGAUCUCGUGGGAUUAGGGACCGAUCUAAUCCAAACGCUGGUGAAGUCGAUGGUGGCCAAAAAUUUGGACAAUGGGAUAAUUAGCAGAUUUCUCUUCUACUACCAAAAAUCAAGAUGUGCUUCUGCCUCAGCUGAUGAGAAGAUCAAGAUCAUCGAAACUGUUGUUGACCUGCUCGAGUCGUUGGAUGCGAGGUGUGUGUCGUACAAGAGCUUGUUCGGGUUGCUGAGAGUUGGUUUGAACGCGAGCUUGAAGCAGUGCAGCCGGGACAAGCUGGAGAGCAUGAUCGGCUCACAGUUAGAUCAGGCGACCUUGGAUGAUUUGCUCGUCCCAUCUCCGGUUGGGACGAGCUGCCUCUAUGAUGUGAACCUUGUUCUUAGAUUCUUGAAGGCCUUUCUUGGUAAGGGAGUUUGCUGCGUGCCAUUGAGCCGGCUGAGGAAAGUCGCGGCCUUGAUGGAUCUGUUCCUAGCCGAAGUGGCUCCGGACCCUCACUUGAAGCCGUCCAAGUUCUUGGCGUUGAUCAUAUCGCUUCCCGACUCAGCUAGAGACUCGUGCGAUGGAGUGUACUACGCGGUGAACUUGUAUCUCGAGGUGCACUCGGGCUUGUCCGAGGAGCAGAAGACGAAAGUAUGCCGUGGAUUAACCUACGAGAAGCUCUCCCCACGAGCGCUCGACCACCUCACGCGCAACGCCAAGUUCCCCCCGAAAUCCACGGUCCAAGCCGUCGCCUCUCAGCAAAACAAGCUAAAGGGCUUGCUCCAAGACACGAGCAGUCCUCUCGGGAGCCGGAGAGACGAGGAGGGGUCCAAGCAGGUCGUGCUCUACGCGAAGAAGUUCAACCUCACCGACGAGAAUGAGAAGCUCAAGGCACAUCUCCAAGGCAUGCAAUGGAGGGUGCUGGAGUUGGAGAAAGUGUGCAGGAAAAUGCAAGUGCAAAUGACAAAGGUGAUGAAAUCAAGAAUGGGAAGCCAUAGUAGUGCCAAAUCUGUGCCUAGGCUUUGUUCAUAGAAAUGAAUCAAGAUUUCAUUUUUAUUUUUGGGUUUUUUUGCAUCUAAAAUAUUAUUUGCAUAAAUCUAUGUACAUAGCAUGAACAAUGUAGUUGUCUUUAUCUCUGUGUUUAUUCACAGAGAAUGAAGGUUGGCUGUAUAUUGGCAGUGUAAGAAAAAGAGGGUGUGUUUUGUGUUGCAGAUAUCUGUUUAUUCUCUGCAAUUUGUUGGAGGGUUCAUUCCCCCAAUUUAGGUUAAGUCCUUAUUCUUGCAGAGAAUGCACAAAUGUCAUGUCCCUUUCUGUAUUAUUCUAUUGUUUAUACAUAUCUAUCGUGUCGUGUUACGUUUUUGUUCAA